UAGUGAAGUAGAAGUAAUAUAUAAAAAUCAUAUUUUUUGUGGAUAUCUGUUUUGGUUUUUGGAAAAGUUUGAUAUGCGAUGCUUGUAUUUGAAAUAUUUACAUCUACAUUGUGUAAAGCAAGUUUAAAUUGCUUCUGUACAAAAUGUUUAAAAAUAAGCAAGGAAACAUAUAAAUUCGUAAAAUUACAUAUAAAAGAAAUAAGAUUAGUUACAUAUAUAAUAAUAUUAACAAGGAGGAAUUUCAAACCCGCACACCGCGAUUUUAAUAUUUGUAUAGAAGAUAGUUUUGGAAAAAUAUUGAAGAGAUUUGAAAAUUGAGGGUAGAAGCUAUACUUUUUUUAAAUAUCUUGGGGGAUAGAGGAUAUACAUAGAAAGAAUUUUUUCUUUAAAUCAAUUAUAUAAAGAGCUAGAAAAGAGAGUUAUUUGUUUAAACGUUGGCAAUUUCUUUUUGCCAAAUAUUAAUUUAUCUUUACAUAAAAUCAUAUGCAUAGUGAACAGAUACAUUAAAAUAGAGGAACUUUUUGCUUUUUCAUUAAACUUACUAUCUCGAUUUAUUUUCUGAAAUAUGAUUACAUUUAAUAAAAAUGCUUACGUGGUCGAUAAGACGUUAAUAUGCUGGUAAGAUUUUUUUUUAUCUUUGAAUCUCGUUGGAGAAGUUUUCCCAACAUUUAUUUUUUUUCAUAUUAAAUAACUUUUCUUUGAAAGUACAUAACUGAAUUUUAAAUAUGUUUUGUCAACAUUGUAUUCACUGUAUUAUUAUUUUAACAGUAUUAUCACUAUUUUCAUUGUUGCUAUCUAUAUGACGAAUAGUACUGUUUCAUUCAUUUCAUUAAUAUUAUCACUUACUAUAAUACAAAUAAACGUUUCAUAAAAUCGCGGGAAACCAUACUGAUUAGGUUAUGUUUACAUUAGGACAGAACUCAUUCACUGUUGCCAGAUUUAUGGUUAGCACGGAUUGUACCUGGAGUCGGUUGUAGCCAAGUUGCGUUCUACCAGGUUCUACCAAACAGGUGCUUUUGACGUCACGUCAUCGCAUUCGUGAGUUGUGGAUUUGCUUCGAACAUUCUAAUUUAUUUGAAAUUAAUUAUCAUGUCAAAAAGCAAACUUCAUCAUCAAGUUGACAGCAGUGUUGUCGCAGUAAAAAGUAAAUUUGAUGCAGAUAUCAUAAGAUUUUCAGUCAACCGUAAUGAAGCAAUUAAUUAUGAAGAUUUUAAAAAGUUAUUGGCUGAGCGACAUGAUAUUGGUCCUGACUUAACUUUCCUCAUAUGGUACACAGAUCCUACCGAUGGUGAUUUAUUACCCAUUAACAAUGACAACAAUUUGGCAAGGGCAUUACUGGCUGCAAAACCUCUACUUAGAAUUUUUAUUCAAAGAAAGGGGGAUGGAUUAGAAGACAUAAAUGGAUAUGGGACAAUAAAACCAAAAAAUUUGAUAUCGAGUAUUCUUGGUGGCACACCUGGAAAACCAAAGUCAUUAGCUAUAUCUAAUCCUCACGAUUUUAGACAAGUAUCAGCAAUAAUUGAUGUAGACAUAUUACCAGAAACUUGUCGUCGUGUACGAUUAUUGAAACACGGUUCUGACAAACCAUUAGGAUUUUAUAUUAAAGAUGGAGAAAGUUUUCGAAUAUUGCCGCCAUCUGCAGGAGGUGGGAUUGAAAAAGUACCAGGUGUAUUUAUUAGUAGAUUAGUACCAGGUGGCUUGGCUGAAAGUACAGGUCUUUUAGCAGUAAAUGAUGAAGUGCUUGAAGUGAAUGGUAUAGAAGUUGCUGGAAAAACUUUAGAUCAAGUCACAGAUAUGAUGAUCGCCAAUUCUUCGAAUCUCAUAAUCACAGUAAAGCCAGCAAAUCAGCGAGCAGCAUUAGCUGCACCAAGACGUGGAUCAUUUUCACGUAAUAGUCAAUUGUCUUCUGGAAGUCAUCAGUCGACACAAAGUGCUGCAACUGGUAGUGAUGAAGAUGCAGAUGAAAUUGUAGACUUAACUGGCGUAACAUUACAGGAUGAUGCAACAACUUCAACUUCACAACAUCAUCAUUAUCACCAUCAUCACCAUCAUCAUCAAAAUCACUAUAAUCACGAUCAAGGUGUUUUACAUUUAUAAAUAAAUGCACUACAUAAUUCUAUUUAUAUUAUGCCAUGCUCAAUUGAAUAUUGGUUCAAAUAUUCGUUCAUCCAAAAAAGUAUUUAUAAAUAAGCAUAAAAUAUAACAUGACAAUAAGAAAAUGAUGUGCUAAAGUAAAUGAAGCAUUAUGAAAUCAUGGUAGCUACUGUUUACAUAAUUUAAUGAUAAUUUAGUUGAAUUAGGCACCAAAAUGAAUAUUAGAUUCACAUGAAAUGAACAUUUUCAUAGAAGAUUGUGCCUUUUAAUAUGAUACAUACAUUUUCCAUUAAAAUCAUUCUGUAAUAUUAUCACUUAUUCUUACUAGAUCAAUAUUGUUUCGAAAAUUCAGUUCUAUAACUAAAAUCAUUAAAAUUAAAAAUAUUUUUCAUAUAUAAAAGAGAGUAUUAAUACAAAAGUGAAACAUAAGCAAAGAACAUAUCUCUCCUUUUAUGAAUCAAAAUUAAAUUGUUUAAUUUUGUACUUAUUUAAUAAUAUGCAUUUCUUACUUUAAUACUUUUUGUAGCUAUAUACAAAUAUUAUAUACAGAAGGUAUUAAAGUGACAAAUUGAUCCAUGUAAAACAAAAAAUUAUAAUUAAUGAAAAAGCAUAAUAUAUAAUUAUAAUCGGAAUAUAAUAACAAAAAAUUUUUCGCAUGAUACUUUUAGUUGCAAUAGAAACAAAAAGUAUUAUAUAAGAAAAUUUUCUUUUAGUAUUUACAUUACUUGAAUACAAUGUGUAUACAUAUAUUUUUUAUCAAUCUGUUGAAAAGACAUGUAUGGAGUAUAUUAUAUGAUGAUAUGAUAGUAUGAUAUAUAAGAGCAUUAUUGGAAAACAGCAAUAUUUUUGAAGUAUUAAAAUAAUAUUUAUAGUUCUUAAUAUAGGAAACGCAUGAAGUGUACUUAAGUUUUACUUUUAAUUUACUUAAAUUUCUACUUAAUGGCAUAAACCGUGAAUAGAGAUUUAAAACUGUAAUGUAUAAAACUAUCUUUUCAGAAUUAUAUUUUAUCAUUCAAUUGGAUAAUUAGCAAAGAAAUCUGUUGUUAAUUAACACAUUGUUCGUCAUUUCAUAAAAUAUCAAUUUUUCAAUUGAUUUUAAUCAUUUUAAUAUGUAUAUAAUGCAAAUAAUUAGAUUUAAUAACUUAAUUUAUCAUUCUAAGUAGAAGCCUUUAUUCAAUGAUAAAAGAAAGUGUAUAUAUGAAUAACAUAAGAGGAUGAAAUACUAAUAUAAGCGUCUUAUUUUAAAUUGGAUGUACGGACUCAAAAAAAACUGAGUGGCCUUAUACUUAGAUCAUUCCAAUGUUUUUUAUAAAAAUGCAAAACUGGGAUUAUUCCUACUCUGAUGCAUUCGGAAACAUAUUUACUCAUAUAUGUAUUCUGUUCAUUUUACUGUAAGUUUAGAGUGUUGAAGUUUUCGAAUUUUAAUUCCAGUUUUAUAAAUGUUAUUUGUUAUCUAAUUGAACACUAGAUAUUAAAAUAUACUUUACAAAUUUUAGAUGUAAGAACAUAUAAGAUUAUGAAACAUAUUUAUAUACAUGUAAAAUAUUUUCUUUAUAUAUUUGUGCCUUCAUUGUUUUAUCCAUGAAUAUAAAAAUUGGAUUGUGAUGAAUUGUAUCACAUUCCAUUUACAUAGAACUUUUGUAGUGCAAGAAAUAUAUACAGUGUUUCACUAA